UGUAACCUAAAAUGUUUUGAGAGAUUUGAGCAUUUAUAAUUUGGAAAAAGUUUUUAAUAGUUAUUUUGAUAAUUUGAUAAUUGUUAAAAACUAUUAAAAAUGACGAUUACUGAUAAUGUGAUACUCGAAGAUUUUGGAACUGGUUCUUUUCGAAAACCCAUCAAAGAAAUAGAAGAAAAAUGGAAAUUAGUGCCGGCAUUUUUAAAAAUUAAAGGAUUAGUACGACAACAUAUCGAUUCCUUUAACUAUUUUAUUAACGUCGAAAUUAAAAAAAUUGUGGAAGCCAAUAAUAAAGUUACCUGUGAUGCAGACCCUUUGUUCUACAUUAAGUACACAAACGUUCAUGUAGGAACCCCAGAUGUAGAUGAGGGAUUUAAUAUUAGCAAACCGACAACACCGCAUGAAUGCAGAUUGAGGGACAUGACUUAUUCGGCCCCAAUAUCUGUGGACAUAGAAUAUACAAGAGGAGGUCAAAGAGUGGCUCGAACUGGUUUAUUAAUUGGAAGAAUUCCUAUAAUGUUAAAAUCUUCAAACUGUGUUUUAAGUAAUAAAUCAGAAUUUGAAUUAGCUAAAAUGAACGAAUGCCCUCUAGAUCCAGGAGGCUAUUUUGUAGUGAAAGGGCAAGAAAGGGUUAUUUUAAUUCAAGAACAAUUAUCAAAAAAUAGGAUGUUGGUAGAAGAAGGAAAAUGGGGAACUCAGUGUCAAGUAACGAGUUCAACUCAUGAGAAGAAGACUAGAACGAUUGUUUUUAUUAAGGGAAACAAGUAUUUUAUGGGACAUAAUAUAUUUACAGAUCCAAUACCUGUUUCCGUUGUUUUCAAAGCAAUGAAUGUUUUAAGCGAUAAGGAGAUCUGUGAACUUAUAGGUAUAUCAGACAUUCAUAAACUUACUCCAACUAUGGAAGAAUGCCACAAAUUAAAAAUUUAUACUCAAGAAGCUGCCCUUAGAUAUUUAGGCAGUAAGAUCAUAGCAAAAAGAUAUGCCCCUUCUGCAUCCAAGGUAAAAACUCCAACCGAUGAGGCCAGGGAUCUUUUAGCCACAACAGUCUUAGCACAUGUUCCUGUAGAAGAUUUUGAUUUCAGAUUAAAAGCAGUAUACUUAGGUCUAAUGACUAAAAGAGUUAUCCAAGCACAGACUGACAAAAAGUUUCUUGAUGACCGUGAUUAUUAUGGUAACAAGAGAAUGGAGCUUGCAGGAUCCCUCUUAUCUUUAAUGUUUGAAGAUGUUUUUAAACGAUUUAAUUAUGAUCUGAAGUCUAUAGCCGAGAAAACCAUACCCAAAAUUAGGGCAACCCAGUUUGAUGUAGUAAAAUAUAUGAGGUCUGAGUUAAUAGCCAACUGUUUAGUAUAUGCUAUUUCGACAGGCAAUUGGACAAUUAAGAGAUUUCGUAUGGAAAGAUUAGGGGUAACACAAGUUUUAUCUAGGUUAAGUUAUAUUUCUGCCUUAGGCAUGAUGACGAGAGUUAAUUCACAGUUUGAGUCGACUAGAAAAGUUUCUGGACCGCGGUCUUUACAACCUAGUCAGUGGGGCAUGUUGUGCCCUAGUGACACUCCAGAAGGAGAGUCAUGUGGAUUGGUCAAAAACUUGGCUCUUAUGACACAUAUAACCACUGACAUAGAUGAAUAUCCUUUAAUCCGAUUGGUUAGAAAUUGUGGUGUAGAAAACAUUGAAAUGGUUGCUAGUAUUGCCAUACAUUCUUCUGCGGCCUUUAUUGUAUUUUUAAAUGGUAAUAUUGUGGGAAUUACAACAAAUUACAGAAAACUUUUGAAAGUUUUCCGCUUAAUGAGAAGAAAAGGAAAAAUAUCGAAUUAUGUGUCAAUUUAUCCCAGUUUUUUACACAAAUGCGUCUAUAUUAGUUCAGAUGGUGGUAGAUUAUGCAGACCGUAUAUUAUUGUAGAACAUGGCAUACCGUUGGUUAAUAAACACCAUAUGGAUGAACUCGAAAAUGGUAUAAGAAGUUUUGAAGAUUUUCUCCAUGAUGGUCUAAUAGAAUUCUUGGAUGUCAAUGAGGAAAAUGACAGUUACAUUGCUUGUUAUGAAAAGGAUAUUACCGUGCAAACAACCCAUUUAGAGGUAGCAACAUUUACUCUCUUGGGUGUAUGUGCCGGAUUGGUUCCAUACCCCCACCACAAUCAAAGUCCAAGAAAUACCUAUCAAUGUGCUAUGGGAAAACAAGCAAUGGGAACUAUUGGAUACAACCAAAGGAAUCGUAUGGAUACUUUAUUAUAUAAUUUGGUAUAUCCACAAAUACCUAUGUGUAAAACAAAAUCUAUUGAACUAACUAACUUUGACAAACUUCCUGCUGGUCAAAAUGCCACUAUAGCCGUAAUGAGUUACAGUGGUUACGAUAUUGAAGAUGCGUUAAUUUUAAAUAAAGCAUCUAUUGACAGAGGUUUUGGAAGAUGUUUAGUUUAUAGAAAUUCCAAAUGUAUUAUGAAAAGAUAUCCAAAUCAGACAUUUGAUAGAAUUCAAGGACCAUUAAUUGAUACGCAGACAAAUCAGAGUAUGUGGAGACAUAGUUGUCUGGACAAUGAUGGGAUAGUAAGUCCAGGAGAACAGAUACAAAAUAAACAAAUUUUGGUUAAUAAAUCUGUGCCCACUGUAUCUGCAGUACCAGGCGCAACUAGUAAUGUAGCAGUUGAAUAUAAAGACACACCAUUGGCGUACAGAAAUAUUGAAUCUAGUUAUGUAGAAAAGGCAUUGAUUACUACAAACGAGGAAGAUACGACCCUCAUCAAAAUUUUGUUGAGGCAAACUAGACGUCCCGAAAUCGGAGAUAAAUUUAGUUCUAGACAUGGACAAAAAGGGGUUGUUGGUUUAAUAGUAGAACAAGAAGACAUGCCUUUUAAUGAACAAGGUGUAUGCCCGGAUAUUAUUAUGAACCCGCAUGGGUAUCCAUCCCGUAUGACGGUUGGUAAGCUCAUGGAACUGCUUUCUGGCAAAGCAGGAACUGUUGAAGGCAAGUUUCACUAUGGGACAGCUUUUGGAGGAUCAAAAGUAGAGGAUGUGGGGUAUGAGCUGACAAGGCACGGCUAUAACUACCAAGGUAAAGACGUAUUUUACUCGGGAAUAACGGGAGAGCCUUUAGAAGCUUACAUUUAUUCUGGUCCUGUCUAUUAUCAAAAAUUAAAGCAUAUGGUUCAAGAUAAAAUUCAUGCCAGAGCAAGAGGUCCCAGAGCUGUAUUGACUAGACAACCUACAGAGGGCAGAAGUAGAGAUGGAGGAUUGAGGUUAGGUGAAAUGGAACGCGAUUGCCUUAUAGGCUAUGGUGCUAGCAUGAUGUUGGUAGAACGCCUUAUGGUAUCCAGUGAUCAAUGCGAGGUAGACGUUUGUAACCAAUGUGGAAGAUUAGGAUAUUGUGGCUGGUGUAAUAGUUGUAAAAGCUCAGGACAAGUAUCUACGAUUACUAUGCCCUAUGCUUGUAAAUUAUUACUGACAGAGUUGCAAGCUAUGAAUAUUACAGCUCGUUUGUCAUUGAGCCACUACUGCAAAUAAUAAAUUAUUUAUGUAUUUGUAAAAAGGUAAAACAAAAUAGUUACCUAUCAUGAUACAAACAAAACUUUUUAGCAUGAGUUUUCUUUGUAUCAUGGUUACCUAUUUUUUCUAUACCGUAUAAUCGAAAACAAAACGGCGUCAAGUUACCUUAGGAACGACGGUCGCUGACAUCAUAUAAUUUUAUAUACCACAAAAUGUCAACUAUGUCGUGAUUUUUAAGGUAAGUUGGCGCUGUUUUUUACACACUUAAAAAAAUAUGCUAAAGAUUACAAAUUAUAUUAUUUCAGAUAUUUAUGAAUUAAAACUUUGGGUUUAUUUAUUAAUUUAUUUUUGUGGGAUUAUCGUCAGCGUUAAAUCAGUUGUUUUGAAUGUAUUUUUUAAUUGUUAAUAUCUCCUUUGUAAAUAUAGAUUAAGCUAAAUGUUUAAAUAU